CGCAGGCCCACCGGUGACGUCACGGAGGCGCGACCGGGCCGGCGCUGGGGGCAGGAGCCUGCUGAGGGAUGCCCAAGAAGUUCCAGGGCGAGAACACCAAGUCGGCAGCGGCCCGGGCGCGGAGGGCUGAGGCCAAGGCGGCAGCUGAUGCCAGGAAGCAGAAGGAGCUGGAGGAUGCCUACUGGAAGGAUGAGGACAAACACGUCAUGAGGAAGGAGCAGCGCAAGGAGGAGAAGGAGAAGCGGCGCCUGGAGCAGCUGGAACGCAAGAAGGAGACGCAGCGCCUGCUGGAGGAGGAGGACUCGAAGCUUAAGGGUGGCAAAGCCCCCCGGGUGGCUGCUCCCAGCAAGGUCACCCGCGCCCAGAUUGAGGAGACGCUUCGCCGAGACCAUCAGCACAAGGAAGCCCCAGACCCAGCCGAGAAAGCCAAGAGCCACUUGGAGGUGCCGCUGGAGGAGAACGUGAACCGCCGCAUGAUGGAGGAGGGCAGCGUGGAGGCGCGCACCAUCGAGGAUGCCAUCGCCGUGCUCAGCGUGGCGGAGGAGGCGGCCGACCGGCACCCCGAGCGGCGCAUGCGGGCGGCCUUCACCGCCUUCGAGGAGGCGCAGCUCCCGCGGCUCAAGCAGGAGAACCCCAACAUGCGGCUGUCGCAGCUGAAGCAGCUGCUCAAGAAGGAGUGGCUGCGCUCACCCGACAACCCCAUGAACCAGCGGGCCGUACCCUUCAACUCCCCCAAGUGACCCUGGAACUGGAGGAGCCGCCCCGCUGGCGGUCAGGGUCCUGACUCCACACGCCCUCCCACUGGGUCAGCUCUGAGGGUGACAAAGAGGUCCAGCCCUGGUGCGUGUCCUUGGGGCGACGUGGCAUCAUCAGCCAUUCCUCCCGCCAGAGGGUCCCUGCUCUGAGUGACAUCCCCCUUCUCAGGUGUGCAGAGCCCUGUGGCUGAGCGCCCAAUAAAGGCGGUCGGUGAGGCAGCA